AUGAUUUUUGAACAUAACGAAACUGCUUACGGUCAAAAUUUAAGAGGCUUUGAUGCCUUCGUACCUGAUGCCUUUGGUUCGAAUCCUGCUCAAAUGGAACAAUAUUACAAUCAAAUAUAUGUAUACGGUCCAGACCCAAGAUUUCCUAUUUCACCUGCUACCCUUGCUGGUGCUGCCGCAUACAAGGCCGUAAAAUUACAUGAAGGAAACUAUCAUCUUUCUGGUUUAGAUCAACGUCAGAAUCAUAACUACGCUAUAAAUCUUAUACGUGAAAGCGCUGCUAAUGAAGCUAACCUAUUAUUACAACGAUUCCCAUUACCUGGUGUUGACCCUAUGAUUGUAGUAGUUUCCGCUGAAGCUGGUGCUCAUAGAUUAUAUGAUCACGAACAUUUUUAA